AUGAGAGGCCGCCGCCGCCCGACGGAUUCACUGCCCCCUGACCGCCGCCCCCCUCCACCCACUCCCACCAACACCGCCGCCGAUCCGUGGCAGUUCCUUGCCACACCUGUCCCCGGCCGCGAUUCCGACGCUAGCUUCUGCAGCAGCCGCCCCUCCACCGACCUCCCCAACUUUUCCGACCGCUCCCACCAACUCUCCGCGCUCAGGACCAUCAACUCCUACCUCGCCUCCCAAUCCGCCCCCUUCGCCCUCAAGCCCUCCCUGCCCUCCGCCAAGGACAUCACCGAAACCCUAAAGCUCCUGCUGCAGCGCCUCGGGUUCGUCUCACAGAAGCUCGACGAAGAUCUCAGCCACGCGCUGAAAUUUCUCAAAUGCCCCUUCAAACUGAACAAAUCCGCCCUGCGUGCCCCCGGCACUCCCCAUACAUGGCCCAACUUGCUCGCCGUCAUUCACUGGCUUGUCCAGAUAAUUAAGUACAGAGAUUACAUGAUGACCUCUGCCCCUAGCUUUGAGGGUGAUAAAAUGUUCAUGUACACUGUGAACAGCUACCUGCUCUUCAUCACGGGAGAUGAUGACAAAAUAGAUGCCCUGGAUGAAGACUGUAUUAGGGAGAUGAGUGACUGGAAGGAUACGUUGGAGGAGAGAGUGAAGGGCUUCGAAGGAACAGUGAAGGAAUUGGAGUCGAAAUUGGAUGGUAUGAAGGCAGGGCCGAGUCAGAAAGAACGUCUGGAACAGGAAAAGGCUGUGUUAGAGAAGGAUAUUACGAAAUUCCAAAUUAUGAUCGAGCAGCUAUCGAGCCAUCUAAUGGAGGUGCAGAAGAAAUUGGAGGAGAAGGGUAACGCGCUGGAGGCGAAAGUGGAGGAUAGGAAGAGGAUUUGUGAGGAGAAUGAGGAGUUAAAGAAGAGGAUUGAGGAGCAAGGGAUUAAUUUGAGAGAUGCCGAAAGAAUGAAGAGGGAGUUGCAGGCUGUGGAGAGGGAUAUCGUGGAGACCGAGUCUGCAAGAAAUGGCUGGGAGGAGAAGAUAUGGGAGCUCGAUUCGGAGAUUAACCAUAAGUUUAAGGAGCUCGAGCGGUUGGUGAUGGAAGGCAACCAAGCUACCAGAAGGUUGAAGAUUGGGAAUGGAUUUCAAUAUCAGUUGAAUUCCAUUGGAUCCUCACCAUCUGAGGUGCUGGGGUUAGACUACAAAACAGUACUGAAGCCUGCACUUGCCUCGUUUAGUGAGGACAUCAAAAGAAGUUCAAUGGGGAAGUUGGAGGAGUUGAUUUCUCUUCGGCAACAGUCAGGUGAAAAUACUGCUAAGCUUGAGGAGAGACGCAAUCAUGUUGCAUCCCUUCAGUCGCAUAUUGAUGAGGUUGAGGCUCAGUUGAACAUGAUCAGGAAAGAGAAGCAUGAAUAUGCAUCUAGAUGUGCAGCAGAAGCAAGAAAACUGGCAGAUGAAGUUGAGCUGGAGGCUCAUAGUAUUUCUAUUGUUGAAAAUGAAGCUGCAGAGUUUCUGAAGACUUCAAAGGCAGAAUUGGAAGCAACAAUAGCACAAACUGAGGAAGAAGUUAAAUUGUGCGCUGAGGAACUCUUUCUCAUGAUCAAUUCAGUGUCGAAAUAUAAAGAAUAUGUGGCAUUGAAAAUUGCUGGGAUGAGGAAUGACCUUCUAGAAACUGCUGGUGCUGUAGCUGACAUGUACAAAGGGACAUCGUCCUCCACAGGGAUCUGA